UUUUGACUCUUUUACUCCUACUUAGGUAAACAGUCAUGCUAACUUGAAGAAAUAAUUCACCGUCUGCCACUAUCAGUCUAUCACCAACACUAAACCGUGUGGUCCCCACCACCACUGCCGGUAGAAGUAGUACUCGGCUGUCCAUCUCUUUCCCAUUUGUUACAACUGUUCUGUGUGAAUUUUCAAUGUGAUUUUUCUGCUUCUUUCUUUGCCAUUGUCACUUUUCUCUGCCUGUAACCCAUUUUUCAGUAACUGAAUAUGAUUCAACGAGUUUAAACUGAGUUAUAGGGGACUGUAAGAUCAAAUCGAAUUGUCAAAUUUGUGUUGGCACUGAGUCAAAUAUCUGAUCGCACACCCAAUUUACAGCAACUGUCUUUUCCUAUGGCGUUGAGCACCCAAAUAGCCUCUGCAUCUUUUCUUUCGAAUGAAUCAGCUCCUCGAUGGAAGUAUGACGUGUUUUUGAGUUUUAGGGGUGUAGACACCCGCAAGGGCUUUGUAUCCCAUUUACACCAUGAAUUGUCCAAGUGCCAAGGAAUUACGACUUUCAUGGACGAUCGAGAGCUUGAAGGAGGAACAAGUAUUCAUCCUGAGCUCCGAAGGGCGAUCGAAGAAUCGCAUAUUGCAAUUGUUGUUCUCUCACCAAACUAUGCUUCUUCCAAAUGGUGCUUGGACGAACUUACAAUCAUUCUUCGAUGCAUGGAAUCCAGGAACUCAGUUCUGCCGGUCUUUUAUCAGACAGAUCCAUCUGACGUCGGAAAUCAACGGGGAUGUUUUGCCGAAGCCUUCGCGAAGCAUGAACAAAAUUCGAGCAGUACCGAAGAUAAAGAGAAGGUGGUCCAAUGGAAAGCUGAUCUAAAAAAAGUGUCCAAAAUUUGUGGUUGGCACUCGAAGGAAUCUAAGAGUGAAAGUGAGAUUAUACAACAACUCGUCGUAAGUGUGUGGAGGAAAGUGCACGCUACAUUCCGGUUGUUAGAUUCCUCACAGAAAUUAGUUGGGGUUAAUUUUGGGCUUGAGCAACUAAGUUCGUUGUUAGCUCAUGAUGUCAAUGAUGUUCGCUUUAUAGGGUUAACGGGGAUGGGUGGCAUUGGUAAGACAACCCUUGCCAAGCUAGUUUAUGAUAGAAUCUUCCAUCAUUUUGAAGUUCCCUGCUUUCUUGAAAACGUUAGAGAGGCUUCUAAAGCAGACCCUACUCUAAUUCGUCUUCAAGAAACACUUCUUUCACCGAUGUUGAAAGAAAAGAUUCUUACGCAACAAUGGGGAAUCAAUUACACCAAGAGAUGCUUAUGGAACAAAAAGGUUCUUCUUGUACUUGAUGAUGUGGAUCACAUAAACCAGCUACAAGUACUAGCUGGAAAGGAAGAUUGGUUUGGCAGGGGAAGUAGAAUUAUCAUUACAACUAGAAAUGAACGUCUGCUAGUCCAGCAUGACAUAACAUUAUGUCAUAAUGUCAAAGUGUUAGAUAAAGACGCAGCUCUUGCAUUGUUUAGCCUACAUGCCUUUAAGAAAAAUAUGCCUGAGGAUGGGUUUUGGGAACUGUCAACAUAUUUCAUUAAUUAUGCUGGAGGCCUUCCAUUAGCUCUUGAAACUUUGGGUCGGCAUUGUUUAAGAGAAGGCUAGACACUUGGAAUAGUGUGUGGGAUAAUCUGUCAAAAAUUCCUAAUCCAGCAAUUUUUGAUAAACUUAAAGUAAGUUAUGAUGGACUAGAAGAGUGGGAGAAGAGAAUUUUUCUUGAUGUUGCAUGUUUCCACAAAGGGAAGUACACGAAGGAAGUAAUUAAAAUGCUAGAUAAUUCUUUUGGAAUUUCUAGUAGUAUUAUGAUAGAUGUACUAAUUGAGAGAUCUCUCAUCUAUCAAGAUCAUAGAAAAUGCAUAUGGAUGCAUGAUUUGAUUCAAGAAAUGGCAUGGACAGUUAUUGUUCAAGAGUCUAAAGAGUCUGGUCAACGCAGUAGGUUGUGGCUUUACAAUGACAUUGAUCAUAUAUUCACGACGAAUACGGGAACAGGAGCAAUUGAAGCCAUAUCCUUACACCUACUCAAAGUAGAAGAGGUACGCCAGUGGAAUUGUGAAGCCUUCUCUAAGAUGGAUGGAUUGAGGUUUUUGGAAUUCGAUAAUUUGAUAUUUUCUUCAGGCCCCAAAUUUCUUCCAUGUUCCUUGAGAAUUAUAAAUUGGAGUUGGUAUCCUUCUAAUUUUCUUCCAACCAGCUUUCGCCCGCACUUGCUUGCUAAACUUGAGAUGCGUAAUAGCAAUCUUGUUCGUCUAUGGGAGGGAAAAAUGGACUUACCCAACUUAAAACAUAUCAAUAUUAGCUACUCCUAUAAAUUGAAGAGUACCUCAGAUUUAAGUGGUAUUCCAAAUCUUGAGAGGUUUAUUCUUUGGGAUUGUAAGAAUUUAGUUGAGAUACAUCCAUCUAUUGCAGUCCUCAAAAGACUUGAGGUUUUGAACCUUGGUAACUGUGAAAGCAUUAAUAGCCUCCCAAGUAAGGUUGAAAUGGAUUCUCUUGAAUAUUUCUUUCUUAAUGGCUGCUCAAAUGUGAAAAAGAUUCCAGAAUUUGGGGAGCAGAUGAAGAAUGUAUUGCGGAUUCACUUAGAUGGGACUGCGAUCGAGAAAAUACCUUCAUCAAUUGGACAUCUGGUUGGCCUCAGGGAAUUGCAUGUAAGGAAUUGCAAAAAUCUCUUGAACCUUCCAAGGGCGAUUUGUAAUUUGAAGUCUCUUGAAUGGCUCUAUGUGAGUGGAUGCUCAAAGAUUGACAAACUCACUGGAGACAUGGAUCACUUAGAGGCACUUGACUGGAGACCCACUAUGACAGUCGCUUGUGAGUAUGAAAAAUCUCAAAAGUCUAGUAUUUAAGACAAAUUCUGACAUAGCCGCUUGUGGAUCGGAUGGUAUAGCAAGGGAUGGGUGGGGCCUUCGCCGCUUAUUUGGACUUGAAAAGAGUCGCCCUGAUCCUCCGCCUUGUUGGGGUUUGGUGUUGUCUUCUCUAAAUCGUUUAUGCUAUUUGACAAAUUUAUCUCUAGAGAAUUGUAAUCUUCGGGAGGGGGAUAUCCCCGAUGAUAUUGGCUGCUUGUCCUUAUUGGAAAAAUUGUGUCUUAGUAGAAAUAAUUUCGUCAGUCUACCUGAAAGCAUUAGACACCUUUCUAAGCUUAAGAUUCUUCGUCUGGAGGGGUGUAAAAGCCUUCAAAAAUUGCCACCUCUUCCAUCAAACAGAGGAUUAACAGUAAAACUGAACAAUUGCACUUCCUUACGAAGGAUUUCAGGUGCAUUCAAUUUGUAUGAUGCUAGUGUCACUUGCUGGAAUUGCAUUGUAUUGGUUCCAGAUGAAGACUUGAUUAAUAGGAUUCUAAAAUUUGUCAUUCAGGGAUCGGAAAUUGUAAUCUUUGGAAGUGAAAUUCCAAAGUGGUUCAAUAAUCAGAGUGUGGGACAUUCACUAAAUGUGGAACUUCCUCCACUAUCAUGUACCAACUGGCUUGGGAUUGCCUUCUGUCUUGUUUUUCAAUUCCAAGGCCCUAGACAAAAUGUGGAGCCUACUUAUUGGUAUUGGAUCAUAAGACUACGUUCAGGGAGAUUUGUUGGCCAUAAAAUACGUGGCAUGCUAUUCCAUUGGAAUACCUUAUGUAAUACGUCUCCUGUGUUAGAAAACCUUUGGGUAUUUUAUUUACCUCGUAAAUAUUGUUUUCCUCGUGAAGAUUAUCAUCAAGAUCAGUUUUUAUUCCAAAUUACCACUAAUUUUGAAUUUGAGAGAUACCUAAUAGCAGACUUGGAAAAGGUGAAGAAGUGUGAGGUGAAGAAGUGUGGGGCUCGUUUGGUGUACGAGCAAGAUUUGAAAGAACUCAAUCAAAAACUACUGAAACGAACACGCGAAAUUCGUGAUGAGGCAGCUCUAAGUGGAUCUGGAAGUGCUAGCUUCAACGACACAGAACAAAUUCACAAAAGGCGUUGUAACUAGUCACCAUGUCACAAAAAAUGCGUGUAAGUAACCAUCGAUUAAUCACAUCAGCUUAAUUGUCAUCAAAAUUAUUUUUUGUUUCGACAUCCUAGUCAAUGUAAUCAAUCUCUCGAUCUAUAUAUUAAGAUGGCUAUAUUUACUGAAAGGCGAGUGGAUAAGAAUGUUGAUGUAUAAACACUUUUGCAGAUUACUUUGGUAUUAAGAAGAUUGAUUAACAAUCUGAUCAUCUUGCCUAAUGCAGCAUGUGGGUACCUUGGAAACUCGCGACGCCAUGGGGGCUGCUCUGUCAGUCCUGAUCUUAAGGUUCAUUUUCUGAAGGCGCCAUUGGCGUUAACAUGUACACCAGGGGUUGAAUUCAAAUAUCUGUACUCUGGCAGAAAUUGAUUUGUUUCUGUCUGAUUUUGUAACUAAUGCAAACUUGUAGUGCAGAAACAGAAACGUUGCUAAGGAAACAACACUUUUUGCUCAACAACUUUGGUUUGAUUAAAACUUGGCUUUGGUGAUGCAAAAAACAA